AAUUUUGACCUUUCGCUUUCUGGAUCUAGGGUUUCAUGAGUCCUUCUCGCCAAAAAAUACCAGCCCUAGGAUUAUCUUUACCACCACCACCGAGAUAAAAUAAGAGAUUGAUUUUCCAAACCACAGAUCGAGUUGAUUGAAGUUUUUUUUUUCUUUUCUUUUUCUCUUUUUGAUUCAUCAUCAAUCAGGAUCUUAAAUUUUUUCCGAUCAUGGAAAAAAGAAGAACCCGAAUCUUGUUUUGUUCUGUUGUUUCUUGACGGAUCGAUGUUUUAAAUUUGGAAAAAAAGGAAAAAAAAAAAAAGAAAACUGGAUCACAUCUAAAGCAUUGGACGAUCAUGAUGUUUUUAAAAUUUUCUUAUUGUCUGGAAAGGAAAUCAUUGAAACCCAUGGGAUUGAUUAUAUAGAAACUUGAUGAAAUUUCUGGAGGCAAAAUAUUGAGGAAGGAGAAUGGAGGGAAGAAUGUAUAAAUCGGUGGUUUACCAUGGGGAUGAGCUACUGGGAGAGGUAGAGAUUUACCCAGAAGAAAAGAAUGGCUACAAGAACAUCGAAGUGAAGGAAAUCCGAAUAAGUCACUUCUCGCAACCGAGUGAGAGGUGCCCACCACUUGCAGUGCUUCAUACCAUUGCAGCCUCUGGAAUUUGCUUCAAAAUGGAGUCAAAGACCUCGCAGUCACAGGACACGCCGCUCAAUCUUUUGCAUUCCUCGUGUAUCAUGGAGAAUAAGACUGCUAUAAUGAUGUUUGGAGUGGAGGAGCUACAUUUGGUAGCCAUGUAUUCGAGAGAUUAUGAAAAACAGUAUCCGUGUUUCUGGGGCUUCAAUGUUGCAAUGGGACUCUACAAUUCUUGUCUUGACAUGCUGAAUCUUAGAUGUCUUGGCAUUGUAUUUGAUCUUGAUGAGACACUUGUGGUUGCAAAUACAAUGCGCUCGUUUGAGGAUAGAAUUGAAGCCCUGCAGCGGAAAAUAAGCAGUGAGGUAGACCCACAGCGUGCUAAUGGCAUGCUGGCAGAGGUUAAGCGAUAUCAAGACGACAAGAUAAUUCUGAAACAGUAUGCUGAAAAUGACCAGGUUAUAGAGAAUGGAAAAGUGAUUAAAAGUCAAUCAGAGGUUGUUCAAGCAUUGUCUGACAACCAUCAACCUGUUGUUCGACCACUCAUACGGUUGCAUGAAAAAAAUAUCAUUCUAACUCGUAUCAACCCCCAGAUUCGUGAUACAAGUGUUCUCGUGAGGUUGAGACCUGCAUGGGAAGAUCUUCGGAGCUACUUGACUGCAAGAGGCCGCAAGCGUUUUGAGGUCUAUGUGUGUACAAUGGCUGAAAGGGAUUAUGCUUUGGAGAUGUGGAGGCUCCUUGAUCCGGAUUCAAAUUUGAUAAAUCCCAAAGAAUUGUUAGAUCGCAUUGUUUGUGUCAAGUCUGGUUCUAGGAAGUCAUUGUUCAAUGUCUUCCAAGAUGGGUUUUGCCACCCAAAAAUGGCUCUGGUAAUUGAUGAUCGUUUGAAAGUGUGGGAUGAAAAGGAUCAACCUCGAGUACAUGUUGUCCCUGCAUUUGCUCCUUACUAUGCCCCUAACGCUGAAGGAAAUAAUGCCAUCCCUGUUCUAUGCGUAGCAAGGAAUGUUGCCUGCAAUGUUAGAGGUGGUUUUUUCAAGGAAUUUGAUGAGGUCCUACUGCAACAAAUUUCUGAUAUUUCAUAUGAAGAUGGUGUCAACGAUAUUCCCUCUCCUCCUGAUGUGAGCAACUAUCUUGUCUCAGAGGAUGAAUACUCUGUUUCUAAUGGAAACAAAGAUAUGCCAACUUUUGAUGGUAUACCAGACGUGGAAGUCGACAGAAGAAUGAAGUUGUACAUACACAUGAAAAAGGAUUCAUCUUCCUUCCAUCUUCCCCAGGAUGCAUUUUUGGGUUCUUCAACUAUCAUCAGUGCAGAUCCACGAGUGUCUUCUCUUCAAUAUACAAUGCCUUCUGCUUCUGGUGCUGUUCCACUUCCGCCAAAGCAGGCAUCGAUGCCAUAUUUUCCAAACAUGCAACUUCCCCAUGUUAACUCAGUGGCUCAUGUGGCCCCAUCUGAACCAACUUUACAAAGUUCUCCUGCUAGAGAGGAGGGCGAGGUACCAGAAUCAGAAUUAGAUCCUGAUACAAGGCGUAGACUCCUUAUAUUGCAACAUGGGCAAGAUACAAGAGAGCGUUUAUCAAGUGAACCCGCAUUUCCAGCGAGGCCCCCUCCAUUACAGCAGGUUGCUGGUCCACGUGCUCAAUCACGUGGAAGUUGGUCUCCAAUGGAAGAAGAAAUGAGCCCGAGGCAACUAAGUCGGACUGCACGCAAAGAGUUCCCUGUAGAUGCAGAACCAAUGCCGAUGCGGGAGAAGCAUAGGUCUAAUCAUCCUUCAUUUUUCCCCAAGGUUGACAAUUCAAUUCUACCUGAUAGAUUUCCUCAUGAAAACCAGAGAUUGUCAAAAGAGGCUUUUUAUAGAGAUGAUCGUGUGAGAGUAAAUCGAAGGCCAUCUAGCUAUCCUGCUUUCUCAGGUGAGGAGAUUCCAAUGAAUCAAUCAUCUUCAAGAAGUCGGGAUAAUGACAUUGAAUCUGGACGCUCCAUCUGGAGUGAAACUCCUGUUGGAGCUCUACAGGAAAUUGCAAUGAAGUUUGGCACCAAGGUGGAAUUUAAGCCGGGGUUAGUUCCCAGCACAGAUCUACAGUUUUCUGUUGAGGCUUGGUUUGUGGGAGAGAAAAUUGGCGAAGGGAUUGGUAAUACAAGAAGGGAUGCUCAGCGACAUGCUGCCGAAGGUUCCAUAAAGAAUUUGGCUAACAUUUACGUAUCGCGUUGUAAGGCUGACUCUACAUCUGCAAAUGAUAUGAACAAGUUUCCUAGCGAUAAUGGACCGGGAAAACGAAUGAAACUGGACUUCCACGGGCAUCUUCCAAAAACUAAAUAAAUAUCCAUAAAUGCUUCUGCUCCAUGAAUGACCUCCAUAUUUGUUGACCCUCAUGUAAAAGCAUGUUUCAGGAUAUUUGAGGUUAAAAGGCCAUCAAGACUCAGCAUGUUGGGCUAAUGGUACAUACUUGGCCUUUGCUAGUCUCGAUCAAGACGAGGCAAAUUGCAAGAUCAUCAGCCUUGUGCCUUCAUUCAAUUUCUUCUGAUAUCAGCAACACAAACUCUUUUACCUUGACGACGUUGAGAUUUCGAGAUGAGCCACGAAUAUCUGCCUGCUUUAGUUGAAAUUUUCCUCCCAUUAAAGCUGAAGCCCUUGCUCUUAAAAGGUGGCAGAAGGCUGUUGUUCAUGCUCAAUGCUCUCCUUUGGCAACUUGUUCACUCCAACAUGUUUGGGAUUGGCCGAUCAGAAUUUUAUUUUAUUUUCUUUAUAUUUUUUGUGUUAAUAUUUAUUUGAUUGAGCUCAGGUCGAAAAUUUACUGGUAUUCAGGAAUGUUUUCUUGAUCUGCAGACUCAUUAUUCACAUUAUAACAAACUAACCCUUUAUUUCCACAUCUAAAUUAACAGUUAGGCUCCCCAACCCCUACCCCCACCCCAUUGAUGAUGUUCCAAGCUCAAGAACAAUGUAGUUGGUGGUAGAGUUGUAUAUUGAGUUCUUUUAAUACCAUUUCUGACUGGUUUUUAUUACAAUA